UCUGGUCUAUCUUGGGUUAGUUCUAAAAAUAUUUGAUCAAACCGUCUCAGUUGUCGGUGAGGCCGGCUGGGCGGAUCCCACGGUAUUGAAAGAGAAAAUAUAGCAACACGAUAAAAACACCUUGGAUAUUCAAUUUCUCUGGUGAACAAGCUUUCUUGUGGAUACAUAGAGCAUAAAGAUGCCCGCAGCGAUGAACGGCAACAGGACAGUGCAGUCGGCCAGCKCGGACGUGGGAUCCACUCCUGGACAGAUCACCCUGGGUGGAGGGCAGUCCUCUGGGGCCCAGACGGAGGCCAUGAAGCAGGUCCUUGGCGUCAUCGAUAAGAAGGUCCGCAACAUGGAGAAGAAAAAGGGCAAGCUGGACGAUUAUCAAGCCAAGAAAAAUAAAGGGGAUCGUCUCAACCAGGACCAGUUGGAUGCCCUGACCAAGUAUCAGGAAGUGACUAAUAAUCUGGAGUUUGCCAGAGAGCUUCAGAAGAGCUUCCUCGCACUGGGGCAAGACAUCCAGAAGGCAGUGAAGAAGGCAGUGCGGCGGGAGCAGCUCCAGAGAGAGGAGGCUGAGCAGAAGAGACUGAAGACUGUGCUGGAGCUACAGUUCCUCCUGGACAGGCUGGGAGAGGACAGUGUAAGGCAGGAGCUGAGACAGGGGACCACCGGGGGAGGCACACCCUCACUCCUCACAGACUCAGAGCUCACCACCCUGGAUGAGCUUUACAAACUAGUGGGGCCAGAACGAGACCAAAACACCAGGUUGUCUGACCAGUACGAAGAGGCUUCUCAACACCUCAUGGAUCUGUUGGAGGGGAAGAACAAGGCUGUAGCAGGAACAACAUACAAAGCUCUGAAGGACAGCCUGGACCGGGUGCUGCUAAGCGGGUACUUUGACAAAGCCCAGUCCCACCAGAAUGGAGUGUGUGAGGAGGAGGAGGAUGAGGAGCAGCAGUUGGAGGCAGUAGUGGAGUCGGCAGAGGAGCAGACCAUCGACCAAGAGGGUGAAAUAGUUGAAGAGUACAUAGAGCCCAUUAAGGUGGAGGCUACAGAGUUCGUAAACAGACAGUUCAUUCCAGACACCACGUACAGCAGCAGUGACAAGGAGCAAGGAGACAAGUGGACGACAGAAACAGAGCCUCUGGCCUUGCCUCUUGAUCUUCCCCCUCAGGUGGUGAGUGUCGUCCAGCAACAGCCUGUACAGUCAGCCCUUCCCCCCAAUGACUUGGAGACCCACUCCCUGAACGUGGCCACACCCACAGUCACACCCCCGGUAGUCAGGAAGCAGGCAGUCCAGGACCUCUUGUCACAGAUGCAGGGGCCUUACAACUUCAUGCAGGACUCUAUGCUGGAGUUUGAUGGCCAGCUCAUUGACCCAGCCAUCGUGUCAGCCCAGCCCAUGAAGCCUGCAGCUCAGAACAUAGACCUUCCUCAGUUGGGCUGUCCCCCAGUCCAUCUAAAAUCACGCCUCUCACCACACAACACCGUCCCGGUACAGCCUGAGCCCAUGCAGGUUCCCACGGUGUCCCCCACGCCUGAGUCGUACGCCACGCCGUGCCCCAUGUACCAGUCAUCACACACGCCAGAACCGCGCCCGCAUGCGGACUCCAUCGACACCAUCCAGGCGUCCAUGUCCCUGUCGUCAGAGCAGCAGCAGGUCUUCCAGUCUGUCAACGUCUCCAAACCCCCACACAUCUCCGGCAUCAAUGUCAAUGCAGCUCCAUUCCAGUCCAUGCAGACAGUGUUCAACCUCAAUGCCCCUGUCCCGCCGGCCAAUGAGGCGGAAGCCUUGACCCAGGCCAGCCAAUACCAGAACAGCUACAGCCAGCAGGGGUUCAGCAGCCAAUCACAGCWGCUCCCUGUGGAGCAGACAGAGAUGCAGACGGAGCAGCUGCAGUCUGUGGUUGGUGCCUUCCACUCCCAGGACCCAUCCCUGCCCAGCCAGGCCCUGCCCCAGGGGCAGCAGCCGGGUCAGCAGGGUCCAGGGUUCAUCCCCGCGGCUGGUCGCCAGGCCCAGUCCUUCUACAACAGCAGAGGCAUGACCCGCGGAGGCCCCCGUAACGCCCGCGGCAUGGUCAACGGAUACAGGGGCCCCUCCAACGGAUUCAGAGGUGGAUAUGACGGUUACCGGCCUCCCUUCACCAACACUCCAAACUCUGGAUAUCAACAGGCUCAGUUCAACACCCCUCGGGACUACUCCAAUGGUGGCAACUACCAGCGGGGGGAUGGUUAUAAUCAGAACUACAAGCGUGGAGCAGGCCAGGGAUCCAGAGGGAUGUCUCGAGGAGGCAAUGCCCAGGCCAUGAGGUCCUGAUCGGGCCUGUGUUUGACUGUCCCAAUUCACCCCUUCCCCUUGGCCCUAACAAUUCAAUGUUUGCAGAAACGUCUGGUACGUAUAACGGUGUAGUGGUGGACUUAUUUACUUGGUUAUAUUUUUCCUGGGUGGGGCAAAUUUGAAGGGUCAUGGCCAAGGUGGGGGGGUGGGGUAAGGAACGACUUGGACAGAUUUUGACUGACAACUUUCCACACCAUACGAAAACAUUCAAGAUAUKCAGAAUGCAUUUUGCCCCAUCACUUUUAUUUGUCCUUUUUUGUUUCUCACCAGUGGUAUUUUCUUCCUGGCUUUUGGAUCAAAGUAAUGCCUGCUUUGAUAUUGGAACAAAAUAUUAAUGUUUUAAAAUGAGACUGAGUACACAAGCCGAUCUGUAAAUCCUUAGUGUUACAAAUGGUUUUAAGCAAGCCUGUAAACUUGAAAGAUUUCGUUGAUUUUUUUUUUUAUCAAAUAAAACAUGCCACUGCUGGUCUGAGCCCCUGGGAGUGUUUCUUUCUCUUGCCCAGUCCCCCCCCUUUUUUUUGUUUUGUUCACAUAUCAUCUUUGUUCUAAAAAGCAUUUUUGUUAUGUUUUUAAAAGAAGCUCCCAAUUCCUCAGUUUGUAAAUUGAUGUUGCCUCAAGAGUUUCAAUAAAGAUGUUGCAUUACCCAUGA